CACGCAGCAAGAGGGCCGCGGUAGGUGCGCGCUGGGCCAAGCGGAGCCGCCGCAGCGCCAGGCGGGCGCGCUGGGCGGGAGGACAGGAGGAGUUCCUGCUAGAGGACCAAGUUGUGAUUUGAAGUUUUUUGGUCUGAGCACCGUACAAACCUAGUAAGAGAAAGUCCUUGCACUGAAGAGUUUUUAAGCAGUGUAAAUUACAAUGAUAAUGGCACAAGCUCGAGACUUGGGGAGGAGAUACAUUAAAGCUUUUUUAAAAGGCUUCUUUGUGGCUGUUCCUGUGACAGUGACUUUUCUUGAUAGAGUUGCCUGUGUAGCGCGAGUGGAAGGAGCAUCAAUGCAGCCUUCCUUGAAUCCAGGUGGAGGACAAGCUUCUGAUGUGGUGCUUUUAAACCACUGGAGUAUUAGGAAUUAUGAAGUACAACGUGGAGAUAUUGUGUCUUUGGUGUCUCCUAGAAACCCUGAACAGAAGAUCAUUAAAAGAGUGAUUGCUCUUGAAGGAGACAUUAUCAAAACCACAGGGUACAAAAAACAGUAUGUGAAAGUUCCACAUGGCCAUAUGUGGGUGGAAGGUGAUCACCAUGGACACAGCUUUGACAGUAAUUUUUUUGGCCCGGUUUCUCUUGGACUCUUACAUGCUCGUGCUACUCAUAUCCUCUGGCCUCCAAGACGCUGGCAGAAAUUACAGCCUGUGCUGCCUCCAGAACGCAAGCCGCUUCUGACAGAGCAAGAAUGACCUAUGUAUUAAUGAUAGGAAACAAAAUAUUACUGGGGGUGAGGCACUGAUGGUGUAACACUAUAAAUAAGAGCUAUACCAAAUGUACUUACAUACUGGGUAACAGCAGAGACUGUUGCAGCAGAAAUAUGAAACAACACCCUUAUAUUAAAGUGUCAUCUUAAAUGCAAAACCUUUUUUUUUAAUCUUAUACAUUAUUACAUGAUAUGUAUUCUUUUCAUUUGGAGUAAAUAGUUUGAUUGUGAAGGAAUCCAAUGUUCAAUUUUUCCAGAAGCAAUAAAAUGUUUGAGCCAUUG